AUGUAUCAAAAAAGUUUAAAUAAUCAACUAGAAGAUUAUUUACAGGAAUCUGAUCCAUUUUGGGAGCCAUUAGAAGAUUUAUUUAUUGGGAUAGCACCAGCGUUUCUACGUGCGUUAGCUUAUCGUCUGGAUGUAGAUGAAGAAGUAAAAAUUAUGGAUUUCAUUGGCGAUGAGUUAGGAACUAUUAAUGUAAAAUUAAUACCUUGUUCGGCAUCUAAUUCGAAAUCCCCGUUACCGUCCGAUAGUACUUCAAACAAAAAAGAUGAUGUAACGUUUAUUGAAGACCCUAGACAAUUGAUUGGGAAACCAUACAGUUUCAAG